AUGCGUCCUAACCAUCACAAGCACACGGGCAAGAAGCACAAGCGGAGAAGCGACCUCGUUCGAAGGGCAAGAAGGGCUCGAAGGAGAAGCCUCCGACCAAGGGAGGACGCCCGCCUUCCUCGUGGAGGAAACGAAUGGGAUCGAGUGCGAGAUCAGUACAACGCACAACACGCAUUGCUUGAGGGUCGUGAUGCACGUACGACGGACUCGCUCAAAAGUCGAUUUCGCCAUGUUCUUCCUCCAGCGGCCUCUAGCGGCAAGACACGUUGCUCUGCCUUGCGUACCAUGGCGGUGGAAAUUCUACAACGGAUCAUGAACAAGGUGCACAAUGUUACUGUGGACGACUCGCAGAGCCUCGAAGAGCGCAGCGACUACGACGAAUACGACGAGAAUAGUGCUAGUGAGCACAAUGAAGACAGCGAAACCCAGAGCAACGUGAAUUCGUUGCCCUCAACUAAAGCGUCGGGAGCAGCUGAAGCGGAUUCUACUUCUCAACCAACAGAACAACAACGUCCGAAGCGAAGCCGUGGAAACCGAGAGAUUCAGAGUUUUUUGUCAGUCCAGAAUGCGUCACUUCAAGAAGCGAACACGGCACUUACCAAUCGAUUGAUCGCGCUGACAUCGGAGCUAGACAGCAAGCGCGAGCGCAUCUCGGACCUUCGUGAUGAAAAGCAGCAACUGAUGGAGGAAUUGCGACGUAAUGAGGAUAUCAUUCGCGAUCGUAACAACUCGAACCGAUGCCUCGACAGCGACAACCAUUACAUUGCCAAUGAAAAUCGGCGCUUGCACGAUGAGAACGUCAACCUUCUUGAGCCUGCGUUGCAACGACAGCAAGCUGGAUACCAAGCAACCGCUUCCAACCACCAGUUUUGA